AUGUCAAUUUUAUUAAGAACAUGUCUUUUUGCUUUUCGCGCCGCUUGGUCUCAAAAACUUGAUUCAGUAAUUCUCGGGAUAACAUCGAACAUUUUACUAUCAGGAGGAUUUUUUGUGAUAAUCGAAGCUAUAUAUACAUUAUUAUCGGAUUGGCUCCUUAUUUUGUUUGGUACAACGGAUGCUUCUUUGUCAACUUGUGAAGAUUUAUUAUUAAAAGUGUUGAAAAUCUUAUCACCAGCAUUUUCGAUUGUAGGAAUAAUGGGGGAAAUAUUGGAAUUUGAUACUCAUGUAGCAUUAGUACCUUUUUUCCGACAAAUUUCAUCAUUGGGGUUUUUGUGUUUGGUAAUCAUUUACAUAAUAUUAGUUACUUAUUUUGCAUUAAAUUACGGGGAUGGGGCAAUCAGAAAACAAUUAAAAGCUUUGGUUUUAUUCAUUUCAGCCGCAUUAUUAUUGAUUGAGUUGGUUUAUAGAACUUUUGUUUCUUUUGCAAAUGAAUACCAUCCUGUUAAUAAUUAUGAAUGGACCUUCUAUGCGUUUGAAUGUAUACCCGAAAUUAUUUUGCUUAUUACUUUAGGUGGGAUCAUUUUGGGCGAAUGGUUUUAUUGUGUGGAGGAUGAUAAUGAAUUAAUGAUAGCUCAAAAAUUAGCAAAACUACAAGAAAAAGGAAAGCUUAAUAAUGCUUGCAUACUUAUUAAAAAUAAAGCAAAAAGGGAAAGAGAAGAAUCAACACAAGAAUCUACGGAAAAGAAAGGUGAUGGGAAAACAAAUUCAACAGUCAUAAAUAUGAACAAUAGUAAAACUAAUGAUGUUUCAACACGAACAAGUGCGAAUGACGAAUCGGUAUAA